AGUGUCUGCUGGGGUCCCGUGGAGGUGACCGAAUGGCGGAGUCGUUGCUGAACUGUUGAAAUAUUUGGAUUCUGCAAAGCGAAUAAUAACAUUUAUACGUCACUGAGUGUUGACCAUACGGGCGACAUGGGAGCUCACCUCGCCAGACGUUAUAUCACCGAGAGUGACACCGAACCGGACCCGAGAAAGAAAUUCGAGUUUGACCCCAACUAUGGUUUUCCAGAGAGAAAAGAACGAGUGAUGGUUGCCACUCAGGAGCAGAUGAAUUUGGCUCAGGUGCCAGUGGAGCAGAGGGACUACUGUGCUCAUCACCUGCUGAAGCUCAUGAAGUGCAAGCGGGACAACUGGCCUAACUUCCUGGCCUGCAAGCACGAGAGACACGACUGGGACUACUGCGAGAUGCAGGACUACGUGAUGAGAAUGAAGGAGUACGAGAGGGAGAGGAGGCUCCAGCUGAGGAAGAAGAGGAUCGAGGCUCAGGCUGCAUGAUCUGCCAACACCUUUCUCUCUCCUCUGUACGCCGGAGAUAUGCUCCAUAAAUUAUACAUUUUAUGACCGAGCCUCAAGCCGGAGGACAUUUGAUCAAGCUCCAUAAAUGCCCUGCUGGUCCAGACUU